CGGCAUUGCUGAACUGUACGGCCUGUUUCCAUACAAGACAAUUAACGUUUUCCACAAAAAAUCGAGAGAAAAUGAACAUCAGGUUUGUGGUCCUCUUCACCUUAGCCAUCCUUGGAGGUUCCUCUGCUGUCUGUACUUGGAAAACGUGGCGGAAAUGGCCGGUAAAGUAUGAAUUAUAUUGAAUUUGACGAUGUAACAAAAACGGUUAGGUUUCUCGUUAGUUGAUGCAAUGGUGCUCUCUCAGUUUUGAUGGCGAUUGGCACCUUCGAGAUUUUAAAAUUAAAUGUUAAAAAAAAAAUUCAAAUUGACAAACGCUUUCAAUUAUAGCAAGUAAAAAUUAAAAGCAGAGUCGCCGCUACGGAAUGGCAGAGGGGGGGGGAUAAAACUUGGUCGCCAACUAAACAUUGUCUGGUCAUUCUGUGUAAUUUCAAUUUCGUUUUAAGGAAAAUUUUGAAGGAGCCAACUGCAGUGUAGGAUGUUCAUAUUUUUUUAAAAGAAAUAUAACUCACGGAUUAGGGAAAAACCUCAGAAAUCACACAGAAGAAAAACAACAACAACAAACGAUAACUGAUAUUAAUAUGUACGAAAAUAAGGUCAAAUAUGUCCUAAAAUAAAAUCAAUUGACCAGAGAUGUGAUCAACACAGCUGAAUGUCGUCUCAUCAUAACCUGGUGGUUUCAAAGUGACAUUUUCAAGCACACGUUUUGUGAACAAGGUGAAGAAUUGCUAUUUUCAUGGCAGUGUCUUUUUUUUUCUUUUGCCCGCUUCUUCGCUCGAGAGCUCACAGGGGGGGGGGGGGCUCAUUUUUCUUCGCCCGUUCUGAUCUCCCCCCGAAAUCAUGCUUCUCCAGAAACACUCUUUUGGUUUAAAAGUGACAUUUUCAAGCACACGUUUUUUGAACAAGGGGAAGAAUUGCUAUUUUCAUGGCAGUGUCUUUUUUUUUCUUUUGCCCGCUUCUUCGCUCGAGAGCUCACAGGGGGGGGGGGGGCUCAUUUGUCUUCGCACGUUCUGAUCUCCCUCCGAAAUCAUGCUUCUCCAGAAACACUCUUUCUUCUUUGUUACUUCGAACCCAGUUGGUAUCCAAGCCGACCUUCCAGUCACGCCUUGUUAUAUUCAAGUUGAUCAUACCUUUAUCUUCCCUCACCCUGUUCAUGUCUCGUUCCUGCAAACACGACGCUUUCAAUGUAUCACCAGCGUGUCCUUAGCGGCGUGAGCAAGAUUCACGUUCCACCGUCUCCUCCCCCAAAUGUAGAAUGUACGUCGAAUAUAAUCUGUUUAAUGACUGCGUUGUAAGCAAUUUAAGCAGACAACACUUUUUUUAGGAGUUAUUUGCAGUAAAAUACAUUAUUUAUUUCGACAAAAAUAUGUCCUUUUAGUAUUAACAAAAAUGCUAAAUUAAAAAAAAAAAAAAUUCCCUCAGAUCAUCAAAUAAUUAUCAUACAUGUAAAUACGUGCAUGCCUACAUUUUUGUAGCACUGCAUUUGGAAUAGAGAUGUUACGCAAUCAACUCAGUCCGGGACAGAGGAGCUGUUUGACGUCAUACUCGGCCUGGUCAAUAAAGCACCAGAAGGUACGUACUGUCGGACUGAAGUUUCGUACACCAGGUAAAUGGUCAGCGUUACUGGGGAUAAGUAAUGCUACUUCUGCGAGUCUUUAGCUUUAAAAGUCAUGAUGUUGCAAUAUUACCAGACACGAGCAUUCGCUCGCAAGCGUUAAACACAGAACUAAUUUUAGUAACAUUUGCUAUGAGAGCAUACUAAAAAAAAAAGGUUUAUCCCAGUUAGGCAGUUAGGGCCUACUCAUAGCCUAUGUUGGUUGAAACGAUUAUUUAUAUAUAUAUAUAUAUAUAUAUAUAUACAUCUAUAUAUAUGUAAAGAUAUAUAUUAUAUUAUAUAUAUAUAUAUAUAUAUACAGGGCCGGAUUAAGCCAUCUUGGUGCCCUAGGCACAAACCCACAUGGGUGCCCCCAACUGCUCCGGGCCCCCGAUCCUCCACUGACUGCUGGAAUGUUCAAUAUUAUGCAAAAAACUUACAAAGAAAAACAGUUGUGAAAUGUAAACACAUGUGUUUGUAUUACUAUCACUCAUAUAAAACCUACAAUUAGGUAUUUAUGUAUUAAAAUUAAUAGAUGUGUGAUGCUAUACACACAUUUUUCUUGACGACCUGUGGUGCCCCCCAAAAUGCUUGGUGCCCUAGACACGUGCCUUGUUUGCCUAUUGGUUAAUCCAGAGCUGUAUAUAUAUAUAUAGUAUAUAUCGUCAUAUAUAUAUAUAAUGUGUACUCUAAUAAUUUUGUUAUGAAAGUAAUAAAAUGUUUCAAAACUUAGUUGAAAUGAAAAUAAAUUGAAUUUUAUUCAUAAAACGAACGCUACAAAAAUUUAACCUCAAAAUUAGAAAUUUUCUCCUUAAGUCAAUUAAAAAAACUAUUUAUACUAAAUUGGUAUACUGAAUAUUUAUUCUUUUGCACUAAAUAGAGGUUCUUCUUUUUUACCUUAAAAUAUAAAUAAACACUUCUAGAAGAAAAACAUAUUUUGACCACAUGCAAAUUGAAACCUAUUGUCGCCGAUCUGCGGCCUACUUCUACUACAAUACCAGUUGAUUAUGUUAAAGAAAAACUCAUUUUAUUUCACACAAUACAAGUGAUUCCCCUUAUCAAACGAAAAAAAGUAAGACCAUCAGUUGCACUGAUAACUGCUAACACCUGUACGAAAUAACACAAACAUGUCAAAUUGAGUCCACUUUUAAUGACUCUCAAGAUAUUCCAUUAAAUAGUAUACAUUUUUUUUUUCGUCAACGCACUGCUUUACGUUGUCUAAAGGCUUCACUUUUUUAUGAUGUACAAUAUGAUCAACCAUGGUUAGUUUCUAAUUUUAUAAUAUAUAAUGUGGUGACUUUUUACAAAUAAUAUGUUAUUUAUUCUUUUGUUUUGUGUGCUGAAGAAGGCGUUUAGCCAAAAGGUCGUUAUAAUUGUGCUGUGCUUUUUUUGUUGUUGAAGCCAAAACAUAAUAAAAGAGCUACAUUGUGAUCUGGGAACACUUAAGUUUUUCAUUUGAAACUAUUUGAUUUUCUUGUUGUGUAUCGUCUGCUGAAGGAGGCAUUUCGCCAAAACGUCCUUUUCAUUUUUAUAUCUCUUUUUCAAGCCUCAACACAUAAUUUUCCACUAUUAAUUUACAAUUAUGAGCUGGAUUUGAAUAGAAAUUUAGAUUUUAAUAUCUUUCAAAGAAAAAUAAAUAAAUUAGCAUUUCCAUUUUACUGAAAGAAAAAAUUAUUUUGCUUUAUUUAGAUAAAGUAAAUGUCUAUUUGUUUCCCCUCAUAGGCAUCUUAAGCUCAGAACUGGCCGAUACAAGCCAAAAAGUGAAAGAACUGAGUGAUGCUCUCGCUGGAAGCGGUAAGAACAAACACGUGGAAUUAAAUGAAAACUUUGAUAAAAUUCACGACUUGAAUAAAUUCUCCGCUUUACAAGCGACGGUUUCAGGAUGAAACGUUUUGAACCGCAAAGGGCGGAUGAAAAAAUGUACUGUAUUUUGCACAGCAGUGUUUCAGCGAGACGAAACCGUCGGGUUUACAAAAAAUUUUUUUAGUUGAUCUAAAGAGAGAAACAGUGUUUUAUUUCAUUUUUUAUGUUUAAAUUUCAUUAUCAGAAUUGAAUCGUGUUCAAUUAAAGAAUAUAAUUAUGUUCUUUAAUUUAAAAAAAAUAAUUGAAUUGAACUUCGUAUUUUAGCCUCAGAGGAAGACGUGGCAAGCGUCAUCAAGGAGGUCACAGACACACUCGGAGGAGACACCGUGAUAUCGGCUCUCUUUGAUGGUCCGUUUAGUCCAUUAAUUACUUCACGUUCUCUUGUGAUCGUACAAGGCUUAUUUUUUCAUUGCAUAUGAUUAAUAUCUUCAGUUUACAUAGCGCAAUUUAAAUGUACCCAAUAGCCUAUAAGCAGAUUUGAAAUAGGGAAAAAAAACGUACUUUAAAUAUGUAUUUGAAAACAUAUUGUUCGAAACUAUUAGCGAAAAUUAUUAUUUAAUAGAGUGGAAACCUCAUACAAAAUAUGCAGCACUUUGCCAAUUUUUUGUUGUUGUUGUUUUUUGUUCUCAAAGCAUCAAAUUAUUUACCCACUCAUCAUACAAUUGCUAAUUCUUUAUCUAUAAAUUCAAGCCAAGAGUUUUGUCAAUCAAUCGCUGUUUUUGUUUCUAUUUAUUAAUAAAUCCCCCAAUAUUUUUUUUUUUGAAUUCACAAAAGCACAAUUAAAGGUGUAACAUACUCGAAUUUGUAAUUUGUUUUUUUCAAAGAUGAUCUGAGAUACGGAGACAAGAUAAUGAACAAAGGUCUUUCACUGCUGAAAGGUCUGGUUGAUAAAGGACGUGAACUGAAAGGCAAGUUUAUUUGGAUUCCGGUGUGGAUCAAAUCAGGAGUCUUUACUUAAGUCAAUACUUGAAGAUAAUUUCGCGAUAUCUUUUCUUUAACGGCAUUUUACACAAAUUCCCUUUGCAAACACUCAGUUUGCUGGGGGAAAAAAGGGGUCAAACUGAUUGCAGGCGUGUGUGGUGGUUGGUGAGGGAGUGUUCGUCUAUGUUCUGCGACUAAUCUUGACAUAUAACUUUAAACUUGCUGUCAAAGAAGCGUGAAACAAAAUAACCCCAAACCACGCAAUCAGCCAGUGGUGAAUCAACUAACUUUAAGUCCAGGCCGAGUCAAUCGUCUCUAGGACUUGUAAUUUGUACAGCUAUACUUUACAGUAGUUAUAUUAUGGGAUGUAAUAUGUCUUUCUUGAAACACAUAUAUCUGUUGUUUUGAAAUGUUGCUACUUGAUGUAUUCCUCAGCAUCCGGAAAAGCCAUAGACCAUGUGUUGGUAGCUAUCAGCAAGACUGCCAGCGCUCUGAACGCUACAGUAAAAAACAUAGGUUAGAACCCUAGUCAAUAUACCCUUAGUAAAACACUCUAAGAUUUGUUUUAUAGCCAUUUUCAUUGCAACUAUUAAUAUUUUUGACACAUGAUUUACAUCAACCGUUUAUAUUGAUACUAAGUUUGCUGUAAUUUUUAUUUAAAAAAUUCUUGACAUAGUUGAAGUGUGUGUUAAUUAUUUUCUCAAGUAUAUCUUUGACAUCAUUGCUGUGGUAAGUGAAAUUCGCUUUGGCGUAAAAGUUAUUCAGGUCACUUUCGGUAAUGAUUUUUUGAGUUCGCAAAAAUUGCAGGUUCUAUUUUUUGGAGUGUACUUAAGACGAGACUUGUUGCCCUGACAGGGGUGGCACUGACAUAACUAUUUGCAUUGCCGAAACUAGCACAGUCUCUUAUACAUAAAGGUUCUUCUUUUUUAAAAAAGGCACUUAUCAUCAUUAUUCAAUGUCUUACCGUAGAAAUGUGCUAUCUGAUCAUUUCUAUUAUAAACAUAUUUUUUGUUACCAAUCAGUUGACAUAGCUGAGUACGAGAAAUCUGGAACCCAGGAACCUGUCAAAGCUGGAAACGGAAGUGACGAUGUUCUUAUUUUCGCUGAUGAUCAGCAACCGAAAAGUAACAAUGAUGUGAGUAAAAGCACAAAUCAUUUUUUUUUAGACAUUAAAAAGUUAAUAUUUUAACACCUUGUACCUUUUGUAAGGGGGUGCGAUGUGUGCCCCUUUGCGUUUCUACCCUGGGGAAGAUGUUUGUGCGAUGAUGUAAAGAAAAAUCAACCAAAAACUAAUCCGCCACCGCUUGAAUGUUUGAAAACAAUAUUGAAUUGGGAUUCAUUUAUUUGAAAGAUAUCAGUGAAUAAAUACUUUUUUCUACUUAUUUCUUUUUUUUUUUUUAAAUUUAAUUUGAAUACUUAAGACCUAUUUGGGGUCAAUUGGAUAAAAGUAGAUACUGUGUAACAUUAUUAUGAAAUAUAUUCCUUAACUUUUGGGCUCAAGACCGGAGUUUUCCCAAAAUGAGGUUGUGAGGUGACAUUUUAUAUUGGGUGGGUGGAAAAGGGUUUUUAAGAACAGGGUAGAUAUGAGCUCUCAAGCUAUUCAAAACAUAUUUAUAUAUUUUUUAAAAUAAUCUUUCAAUAGCAGUUUCCGGUGUGUGAUACGUCACACGUCUAUCUUCUAAGUUCUACCUUUUUAAGUUAAAAAUCCAUAAAUAAUAAAUUUAGAAAUCUUAGUUACGUUUGUAUGGGGUGUGAAACAAUAUCCUAGGUUGUACGGGAAUAGUGAAAUUGGAGUUGUGUAGAAAACAUUGGAGAAACAAUGCUCCAUUAAGUCAUAGAUAAAUCGUGAGUAUUUCAGAAAGGAAAAAAUAAUGUUCACUUGUUUCCGGAAAUUAAAAAAAGAUAAAAUAGUUGACUGGCUUAUUGUUACUCUUAUGUAAACGUUAUAAUUUUGUAUUUUCUGCUAGGAUACCUCAGAUGGUGUUAAGCAAAGCCGUGAGUGUUCACAUUUUUAGCCAUUGCAUUUUAAAUUUAGAUCAAAUAAUUUUUGUUCUUGUCCAUGCAUAGUGCCUGUUUUUUUGUCAUGGUGGUCAGUGUAUCUGUUUAGAAACAUUGACAGAACACAUUGAGGAACACGUGCGUGUUAGGAAGAUGGUAGAGGGUUGGAUUAUCCCGCGUGAAAUUAUGAGAGGAGUGUGAAUAAACUAGGACUCCCUUUGAAUAGUGAUGUUUAUUUUAUUCUUUUUAUUCUUUUUUUUUUUGACGUGGAUGUAUUGAUAGUUUUGGAUGUGUGAUAGCCUUUCGUGUGUGUGUGUGUGUGUGUGUGUGUGUGUGUGUGUGUGUGUGUGUGUGUGUGUGUGUGUGUGUGUGUGUGUGUGGCUAGUGGGGGUGUUUGUGUGUGUGUGUGUGUGUGUGUGUGUGUGUGUGUGUGUGUGUGUGUGUGUGUGUGUGUGUGUGUGUGUGUGUGUGGCUACUGAAGGUGUGUUUAGGGUGAAAUAACAUGGGUCCCGAUUGAGAUAAGAGUUUGAUAGACAUAAUCCAGAUCUUAAGUGUAUUUAUGUUUUGUUUUGUUUGUAUCUUCAUUUAGUUUUUAUAAUUAAUUCGUUUAUGAUUUUUUUUUGUUAUGGAGGUGUGAGGGGGUGAUGGGAUAAUGGUCUUUUUCUUUUCUUUUAAGGUUCCUUUAAGAUCUGCUUAAGAUGGCUUUUGUGGUGGAAAAUUUGCGCCGAAUGGUCUUAAUGGACGCACACGGAGUGUAUGAGACGCAACUAUUGAUUGACACACAUUCAAAUUAUCCAUUGAAAUAAUGAGUUGAUUUAUAAGUGUAUCAAAAAUAAACAAAGGGC